AUGCAUUCAGCUUGUUUACUGAAUAAGUUCUUUACUGAGAACUGCGAGUCCCCCUGAGCCGAUCCCAUCAGUGUCCAGUCCUGUACAACACGAGGAGGAAGAGGAGAUGAAGGUCCAGGUCCAGCUGCUGUCACUGCCGGAGUUUUGAGGACACGUACUACAACUUGGCGAGAUUCUGAACAUUUGGAGAUGACUUUGGACACAAGCUGAAAAGUUUUAUCGUUGUCGCAGGAGAGGAGAGAUAGUGAGCUCUGAUGACAGCUGCUUGACCAACAAUGCAACAGGAUAGAAAAACACAAAAGAAACUACUCCUACGAUGAUAAUGCCUGAAAGUCCAACAGAGCCUGAGCAGCAAUCCUCAACACAACUGGAUGUCCUGUCCCAGGCUGAGCUUCCUCAGAGCUCCUCUGAGCUCGGACAGACUGGCCGUUCUGAUGAAGAUGAGGCUACAGAGACGACACAGCGACCGAGGCUGUUCACGUUCCUCUUUGGGACCUUCUGCCUCUGUGCUUUUCUCCUAGGAUUUGUUUACAUUGUGCGACAUCUUCAGACCAGAGGGAAUAGACCGUUAGGGCUUGUCCGGCCGUGUGAGUCUGAAGCCUGUCUGCAGACCUCAACUCACCUGUCGAAAUCCGCUGACCCUUUCACACGACCAUGUGACUUCUACUUGUUCACCUGUCUCUCCGACUGGAAGAAUGGCAGACAGAGGGGCCCAGGACCCCCCGGAGCCCCCCAGGAAGUGAGUCCAAGUCGACAGCAGGUGGACCGUCGUCUGAGAGAGGAGAAACUUACAGACAGAAAAACACUGCUGCUGCAGCAUCUCAGGGACACUCUGGAUUCUAACGACAGGGUAACGAGCUCUGCAAAACAGAAAGCCAAAAUGUUCUACCACUCCUGUUUAGACACCAGGUCCAUAGAGACAGCAGGGGCAGAGCCUUUCCUCACACUCAUUCAAAAUCUGGGGGGCUGGGCUGUGUCGGGCCAAUGGAACCAGACUGACUUCAACUCCACUUUGGGACUGUUAAUGAGGAACUAUGGGACCUUUCCAUUCUUCAACCUCCUUGUGGGCAAAGACCCAAAUGAAUCAACUCUACCGACAUCGAGGAAUUACAUCCAGAUAGACCAGCCAGACCCACUGCUUCCCAUUGAAUGGAACAGUCAGCUCGAAAAGACUGAAAUAAAGACUGAGACCACUCGUCUAUUCUACUCCAUGUGUAAUCGAUACCUCGCCCUGUUGGGGGCGCCAAUGAGCAGCAAAAUGACUCAUGUAGGUCAGUUCAUCUCUCUGUCGUCUAAGCUGGCCGUUGUCACGACGCCGCUGCAUUAUCGGCUCACCAAAGGACAACUGUAUCAGCGCAUGACCAUCCGGGAGCUGCAGAGCCAGGCUCCUAUGAUCGAUUGGUUGGGCUGUUUGCAGACUGCUUUUAAACCAGUGUCUCUCACUGCGGAAGAGCCAGUCCUUGUGCAUAAUCUACCUUAUAUUGUAAAAAUGUCCCAGACUAUCAGCAAAUUGUUAAAAGAGCCAGAUUACAGCAACAGUGGUCCACUUCACACCUACAUGCUCUUUAACCUCCUGCAUACGAUGAUCCCAGCCCUGGACUCCAGAUUCAGUGACACAGGUGUUAAACAGGUGGAGCAGGUGGAGCAGGCGGAGCCGCGCUGGAGGAGGUGUGUGCUGGAGACUGAGCGAGGAUUUGACUUUGUCCUCGAACACUUUUUAAAUGAAAGAAUGGCCCAUGCAGAGGUCAACGAGAUCAUUGAAAACAUCAUGUCCUCUCUCAAAUCCAAACUUCACGCACUUCAGUGGAACAGUCAAAAGACACAAAAGGCCGUUACAAAAAAGGUCCACUUCCUCACUCCCAGACUGUGGACUUCAAAACAAACAACUGAGGCAGAACUUGACCUGUUUGCUGCUGAGAUAAAUGUGGGCACUGACUUCUUUUGGAACUACGCCCAACUUCUGUCCUUGUGGCAGAAAAGGAGGAUUGAACUUCUGGAGGAGCAGAGUGAAGGCACUGACCUCUUGUCCGUGAGCCCGGUUCUCAAAGGAAAUGAGCUUGUUUUUCCACUGGGGAUGUUUGUCCCGCCUCUGUUCCAUCCCACCUAUCCCCGGGCGAUCAAAUAUGGAGUCAUUGGUUUCCUCAUUGCAAAAGAUAUUCUGCACCUGCUGCUUCCUGACAUUCACGCUCACAGUGCGAGUGUGCGACAGGUGUCAGAUUGUGUGUGGAGUCAUUACCUCAGAGCCACAGACGGGAGCAUAACAAAGUCCCUCUCCCCCACGGAGCAGCAGGAGGUGUGGGUGCAGUACUCGGCUCUGGAGAUAGCCCUACAGGCUUAUCAGCAAAGUUUAAAGCGGGACCCAAAUGACACGUCUCUGUCUGGGCGCUCACACACACAACUGUUCCUCGCAGCGUUCUCUCAGAUUAACUGUGAUUCGGAUCCAUAUCGUGACUCGAUGCCCCUGGAGCCCUCGUUUCUGGUCAAAGUCCUCUGCGCCAAAUCUGAGCUGUGCCGCCUCCACUGCGCCAAAGACAAACCCCCACGUCUGUCAAAAUCCUGCUGACCUCAGGAGACCGGAGUCCUGCAGAAAGAAAUGAACAUAUAAGUCCACACAAACAGAAAAAAAAACAUCUGAAAAACAAACUAGCAUCUUUUGUACAGCAAUGUUAUGCCAUAUUUAUUGCGCAUUUAUGUUGUUUUGUCAUUUUAGGUUGUUCCGAAUAAAAGUUUUAUAUUAUAUAUA